GACAUAAGCGGUAUAUUUCCGAUAUUUUGAAUUUACACAAGUGUUUUACACAGGAAGAGAAGAGAAGAGAAAAAGAGUAUAAAUACUCUUCAGAAAUCAAACUUCAAUAAGUUACGGUCAUUUCGUACAAUCUGUCCAAUCAACUUACUAAGGAAAACUAAAACAUACUGAUAAAAUGAGAUUCCUUAUUUUCAUUUUGAUUGCUACGAUCAUAACUGCUUGCCAAGCUGGUAACCAAGUUGAACAAAGUUGUUACUCUGUCGGUCAUCCUUGUAGACAAGAUAAUGAUUGCUGUGGUGAUUUGGUAUGUGUGAAUCAUGCCCACGUUUGCGUGAAACCACAUGGUCCGUAUGGGACCAUAUUUCAUCCUGGAAGCGCAGGCAGAUCUCAGGCUGGAAGUGCAGGUGCAUUUCAGUCCGGAAGCGCAGACAGCUCUCAGGCUGGAAGCGCAGGUGCAUUUCAACUCGGAAGCGCAGAUGAAUUUCAAUCUGGAAAUGUAGGCAGAUCUCAGGCUGGAAGCGCAAGCAGAUCUCAGGUUGGAAACGCAGGCAGAUUUCAGGCUGGAAGCGCAAGCAGAUCUCAGGCUGGAAGCGCAAGCAGAUCUCAGGCUGGAAAUGCAGGCGGAUUUCAGGCUGAAAACGCAGGCAGAUUUCAACCCGGAAACACAGGUGCAUUUCAACUGGGAAUGUAGGUGCAUCUCAUGGAAACUAAAACUAUACUAAUAUGAUAUUGCUUCCUUAUAUCUGACUUUAUAUUUUUACAUUUGACACUUUUUUUCUUUCAUAUAAACACAAAGAGAGUUUUAUUCUAGUUAUAAUGUAACUUAAUUAUUAUAAUGUAACUUAAUUAAAUAAAUACAUUCUGUAGCAA